UUGGAGAAACAAAACAAUGCGAGCGAGCCAUCUGUUUACUUCAGGCCAGGCCUACAUAAUAAUGCACAAUUACAUAUAAGAUGGUCGCAAUUUGUUUAGUUUUGAAUUCAAAUAACUGUCGCUAUAUUUACUGAUGAUGUUUUAGGACCUCUGUAGGUUUAAAUUGCUUUAAACACUUCCGUUAUACUCCAAACCAUGCUAUUGACGUUAUAUCAUAGAAUUUUACGUGUAAAUUGCGUGAAAUAUGAAUAAUGAACGUUUAAGAAAUACAGUCAGGUGGAGGUCAUCGGUCCUGUAGACGUAUUUAUUUCGUGUACUACCUAAUUUUUCACAGUCGAGAAGAGUUUCACAGAGAAUGAGUUUAGGGGGCAGCUGCUGAACCAGAGGUGGACACGAGGGGACAGAAUCAGCAGCUGGGAGAACAGGAGGAUUAAGAAAAUAAAAAUGAGCCAAGACGCAGAUGAGAAGCGCACAAGAACUCGCUCAAAAGGCAUCAGAGUUCCUCUUGAGCUCGUUGGACAAGAAUACAGCUGCCCUACGCCAGGUUGUGAUGGCUUAGGCCAUGUCAGUGGAAAAUAUGCACGGCACAGAAGUGCAUUGGGUUGUCCAUUAGCUAAGAAAAGAAAACUUCAGGAGGCAGAGGAAAAUCAACCACCCUCCAAAAAGAAGCCCAAUCCUCUUAAGCUGGCCAUGGAUGAUGGGUUCAACGCAGACAGUGACACAAACAGUGAAACGGAAACAAAAGACGAAGGGGCGGAGUCUGAAGAGGACAUUGUCGAUAAAGAGGUUGACGCGAAGGAAGACACGUCGACAUCUGAAGCGCUGACAGUUGUGGUAGAUCCAGACGAGAAAAAGUCACCUGUUAGAGAUGCUUCAAGUCCAGUACCAGAGACUGAAAGUGAAAAAAUGCAGGAAAAUACUGAGGAUACAUCCAUCCAACAAAUCACCAUGGACAGCGAUCCUGAAGAGGGUCUUCAGGUUGCCACUGAUAUUCAGGCUCGAGAAGAAGAGGUAGAGGAGGAAGCAGAAGAAAUCACAGAAGAGGAAAGAGUGACGCAGCAGCUGAAAGAGACCGAUGAGCCUGUGCAAACAGUAGAAGAGGAAGACGAAGACGAAGAGGAGGACGGAGAAGAGGAAACGCAAUGUUCCAGCCAGAAGAACAACUUGGACCACCAAUACUAUAGUGGAGACUUUGGCAAAGUCCAGACCAAAGAGACUGAGGAGACAGAGAAGGACAGCGAAGAUGAUGACGUAGAAGGAGAUGAAGAAGAGGAACAGGCUCCUUCUAACUCCCUAACUGCCCCUGUCACCACUUUAGCUCAGGAAUUAGAACCACACAACAUCCCAAACCACCCCCUUGGUGAAGACGAUGAGGAGGAGGAGGAUGACGACGAAGACGACGCUUCGGAUAAAGACUCACCCACUGUGGUUAUCGAGCUGGGCUCGGAUGGAGAAGAAGAGGAAGAAGAAGAGGAGGAGGAAGAUGACGGAGAAGAGGAAGAGAUCGAUGAAGAUGAUGACUUAGAUAGCAUGUCACAGAGGUCAGACGUUACGGAUGACUCCGAGACAUACGACAUGACGCGGGGUAAUCUGGGACUGCUGGAACAGGCCAUUGCACUGAAAGCCGAGCAGAUAGGUCGCAGCUCCGAUGAGAGCAUGUCUCCUGGGCAACAACUGUAUCACAGUCCAGAGGAUAGGUCGGGUAAAAUCUUGGACGUCACAGGUCGCAGAGGAUACUACAGCAAAGAAGGAUCUAGAUCAGAUAAGAAGGAAAUCAAGUGCCCCACUCCAGGGUGUGAUGGGACAGGUCAUGUGACCGGACUGUACCCACACCACCGCAGCCUUUCCGGGUGCCCACACAAAGAUCGAAUCCCUCCAGAGAUCCUGGCAAUGCAUGAGAACGUUUUGAAGUGUCCAACACCUGGAUGCACAGGUCAGGGACAUGUCAACAGCAAUCGCAACACACAUCGCAGUCUAUCUGGCUGCCCGAUUGCUGCCGCAGGAAAACACAAGACCUAUGAAAAGCAGCCACAGUCUCAGACCUCUAUCAGCGAUCCAUCCACUGGAAGUUCAAACUCAGACAGAGUCCUCAGGCCAAUGUGUUUUGUAAAACAGCUGGAGAUCCCUCAGUAUGGCAGCUACAGGCCCAAUGCAAUGCCAGCCACCCCUCGGGCUAACCUGGCCAAGGAGCUGGAGAAGUAUUCCAAGGUGUCUUUCGACUAUGCAAGCUUCGAUGUGCAGGUGUUUGGUAAGCGCAUGCUUGCCCCCAAAUUGCCUACCAGCGAAACCUCACCUAAAGCCUUCAAAUCUAAACCAUUCCCCAAAGCCCCAUCCCCGAGCCACAGCCUGUCAGGAGGCUACACCAAAAGCAGCUCCUCUUCCACAUCCAGUGGGUACGACUAUACCCACGACGCUGAAGCCGCUCACAUGGCUGCCACUGCUAUUCUCAACCUGUCCACCCGCUGCUGGGAGAGGCCAGAAAACCUCAGCACCAGACAGCCAGACCAGAACAGCAAGGACAUGGAGAUUGAAGUGGAUGAGAACGGCACAUUAGACCUCAGCAUGAAGAAACCUAAAAUGGAGGGAGUGACAUCACCAGACCCUUCCUCAUCCUCAUCCUCAUCUUCUCAACACCACGGUGUCACCUCGCCCCACUCAAGCCACACCUACAAACAAGAAGAGUGGGAGGGGCCUCUGGACUACACCAAGUCGAACCGACAAAAAGAGGAGGAGCCAGAAGAGAUUGAGUACACCACACACUCGUAUGCCUCCUCUGAUGGAGAAGAUGAUGACGGCACUCAGGAGAGCCUGGAUGAUAGGAAGUACCCUGGUGAGGUCACUACCUCCAGUUUCAAAGUCAAGUUCCAGCCCAAGGACUGCAAGAAGGAGGUUUUGCUAUGUCCCACCCCAGGUUGUGACGGCAGUGGACAUAUAACCGGGAACUAUGCAUCUCACCGCAGUCUCUCUGGUUGUCCCCUUGCUGAUAAAAGUCUUCGGACCCUCAUGGCUGCCCACACUGCUGAACUCAAAUGUCCUACUCCAGGUUGUGAUGGAUCAGGCCACAUUACUGGAAACUAUGCUUCCCAUAGAAGUCUGUCUGGAUGCCCACGUGCCAAGAAGGGAGGAGUCAAAACCACUCCAACUAAGGAUGACAAAGAUGAAUCUGAGCUUCUCAGGUGCCCAGUGCCAGGUUGUGACAGUCUGGGGCAUAUCAGUGGGAAAUACGCCACCCACCGCAGUGCUUAUGGGUGCCCACUGGCAGCACGCCGGCAGAAAGAGGGCAUGUUAAAUGGCACACCAUUCUCCUGGAAAGCCUUCAAGGCUGAGGGCCCAACCUGCCCCACGCCAGGAUGUGAUGGAUCGGGGCAUGCCAAUGGCAGUUUCCUCACUCAUCGCAGUCUAUCAGGGUGCCCCAGAGCUUCAGCUAACAAAAAGAGAGCACGCUUUCCAGGAGAUGACUACAUCAGCAAGAAAUUCAGGGCAAGUGAUGUUCUUGACAACGAUGAGGACAUUAAACAGCUAAACAAAGAGAUCAAUGAGUUGAAUGAGUCAAACUGUGAGAUGGAGGCAGACAUGGCUAACCUUCACACACAGAUCUCAUCCAUGGAGAAGAAUCUCAAGAGCAUGGAGGAGGAAAACAAGCUCAUUGAGGAGAAGAAUGAGGCUAUGUUCGUGGAGCUGUCAGGCCUGAGCCAGGCUCUCAUCCGCAGUCUUGCCAACAUCCGUCUACCACAGAUGCAAGAGCCAAUCACCGAACAGAAUUUCGACACCUAUGUGGACACACUGACCCACAUGUUCACCGAUAAAGAGUGCUAUCAGAACCCGGAGAACCGAGCCCUGCUUGAGUCAAUCAACCAGGCCGUCAAAGGCAUCGAGGUGUGAGACACAAUGGGGUUGCAGAACCAGACCAACAACAUUAAAAUAGCAUCGGAGGACAUUCAGGUCUCCUACUAAAGCGAAGAAGGCCUGUGAAACUCAGAUGAAAGGACCAAAUUCCAAUUCCAAAUUAUGCUGCUUAGCAAUUUUGAUGAGAUAUGAUCCUUUGCCUCUUAAACCAAGCUGGCUCAUCUUC